AAAAAAACACUUCUCGUGAAUUUGUGACUUUAAUCUCAGUGAAUAUCCAAGUUUUUUUCUCCUAAAUUUAUGACCUUAAUCGUAGAGUUUUUUUUUCUCGGAAUACCACCCCUCUCCCGCUACAUAAUAGCAAUUGUUUUUGUAAGUACAGUACUUGAGUAGGUAGUUGCUUUCCACCACUGCUCAUAAGUCUGAUCUGGUUGUGGCAUGUGAUUGGCUAUUUGUCGGUGAUGGUGGUGUUCGCUGGAUUGGAAACAUUUUUAGUUAAAAGAGGACUUAUGAGGACUCAAAGAGAGCACAAACUCAUCUGGUUUCAUGAGACGGAGCAGCUGCUCUGUGACCUCCUGAAGGAGAAUGCUUGAUUUGAUAAACAAAUAUCCAUGGAAAGCUGAUAGGCUCUGUGUGUAUGCUGACCAGUCCAGCUGGCAUGGAGACAUGCCAUCAAUGCAAAUGGUCUUCCAACACAAAGUCAUGACAUAAGUGUGUCCCGUAACAACCACCCCCAAACACACACACACACACACACAAACGUACACAUACACCCUGUCCAGCUUAACCCCGUCUUUCUGACAGAUCUGCUCACUUACUUUGACUCUAGUUCUGAUGUGUGCCCGAUAGAUAUGGAGCACAGUCAGAUUUCUGUUUGCUAAAUGCAGCAGGUUAAUCAUCUGCUUUCUGUGCGAUGCCAAGUGUAAAGCCAAGGCCAAAGAACAUUUUUUUUUAAUAUCAUCAAGUUGGACUGCAUGGACAUUUCUCGACUUACAUGAAUAAGUGACUGCUGCCGAAGAAUCCGAAGUAACAAUGUGUUCCAGGGUGUUUCUGUUUCUGACAGGAGCUGUGUACAUCCUCUAUCAGGUCCUUGCCACAGAUGUCUACAUUGCUGAGCUGAUGGUGGAAGGUAAUGUCACGCUGCAGGCCGAGACCGUCAUGUCAGUUUUCAACACGACGACUAACCUCACAGUGAUCGAUAAGGAUGGCAUUGCCCACCCAGUGACCAUCUCCUUCAGUGAACUGGUAGCAGAGUGCCAGAUUAUUGGAGAUCAAACCAGUUGCAAAUGCUAUCCCGGGUAUGUUUGGAGCAACACAGUGUGCUACAAUCACAGCUGUUGCCGUGAAAUGACUUGCACACAAAAUGUGUCAGACAUCGUUCCACUCUGCGUUGCCAAAGUCAAAGUUCGCAUCAAUGGAUCAGUUAUAAUGAAUACAGGCAUGUGGAGUUCUGUCCAAACUACCCAGCUUGAGACUGAAUUUGGAAAACUGAAUGCCUUUGAGUACCUGAAUGUAACCGGUCACAGGCUAGACAACAAAGUUACCGACUUUGAGGUAGCUGUCAGCAUCAAAUUUGACACUUUCAGACUUCAAGUCAUUGUGGAAAAUCUGCAAACCAGUCUCGGAGCUGUACUUUGGGUCGACACUUCAGGAAUGGUCACCAUUGAGUCCCCAAACACUACAGUGUGCUAUAAGUCUGAUCCAGUACUGAAAUGCACAUUUGAGGAGGCGACAGACAGUGCUGGAUGGAACAUGAGUAGGAAGUAUGAACGCUUUGAGCUCAACAACGGCAGUGUGGUGAAACUGGGCUACGACUGUUCUACAGAGGUCUCAGAGAAGUCUUGUGUUGAAGUUACACUCCAGGAGGUGACAGGCAUCUGGUCAGGCUCAUACGAGUGUGGGUUCACUCAUCGGUCAGUCAGGCACACAGCCAAGGCAGAAUUGAAUGUGGCUCUCCUGCCCGAUGUGAUCGUCAUGAAGACCAAUCCUCUUACUGCAGACUGUUCGGGAGGGGAUAGCAGUGUUCGUAUAAAAGUCACUGCCACCAUCUCAAACAGCACAGAGACCUUUGAAGUUUGGUGGAGCUACAGUGGUACAGGGAAAAAUACAACAACUGACUACAUAUCUGAUGGAGAUAACCUGGUCUAUGCUUUCAACGUUGAUGUCAGUUGUACGGAAUCCAGCAAGGCACAAUAUGUUACUGUCACUUUUAAGAACACUAAGGACCAAGUACAAAGUGAAAGAGUGGAUAUCCCAGUAAUUUAUGAGGGUAAAACAUUUUGCAUUGAGGAAGAUGUAAAUGGACAAUGUUGGCCAAAAACCCCAGCUGGAGACACAGUGAUUAAUACAACAUGUCCAGAGGGCAGGGUUGGCUAUAAGUCACGCACCUGUGAUGGCACUACCUGGCAGUCGGUGUUUCCCAACUGCGUUGAUGAAGAGUUGAAGAAAGUUUUGAAUGCUGCAGAAAACUUCCGUAAGGGACUAGGGGCUACCCAGGCGGUGGCCCUGGAUAUAUUUGCAGGGCUUAAGAACAGCUCUACAUCCGAUUCUUUUUCUGAUGACGAUUAUUCUAUUGCCGACAUUAACGCUGCCAUCAGUGUUCUUGAUGUGAUGGCCAGUGCAUCGGAAUUUAUUGACUUGCAAGACGACGUCCUUCCUGAUUUUGUGAACGCAGCAAGCAAUAUGUUGAACAAGACCUGGGGUGGGGUCAACAGAUCUAUUGUUGAGCAGAUGUCAUCAAAUUACCUUCACUCCGUGGAGGAACUAGUACAGAAUAUCAAGUUCAACAAGAGCAACGAUCUCGACACUCAAAAUUUACAGCUCAAAUUCUGCACAAGUCGCGACUGUAACGUGUCCGUGUUUGGCAUCGACGUGAAUCUGAACAAGUCCACUGGAGUAAUGAAAACCGUUGCCGUGAAAAAUCUAAUGGAUAAACUAAAAAAUAAUUACGUCACAAAGGAGCGUACCAGCCUCUUAGUAUCGACGACGCUGGAGGACCGCCACGAUCCUUAUUUAGAAAUUAUGAAAAUUAAAAUGCAGUUUCCCCAGGAGCAGCUGGUACCCACUAAACCUUUCUGCGUAUUCUGGGACAGCUUAAAGAGGGAAUGGUCAAAUGUGGGAUGCACUGCCCAAACUAGCGAUGGAAACCGCACAGUCUGUGAAUGCAACCACCUGACUUCAUUCUCUGUCCUCAUGUCCAAGGGUGACGUACCUGAUAAAGUCCUAGAUAUCAUUACCAAUGUGGGCCUGGGUAUUUCCGUCUGCUCGUUGCUGAUCUUCCUCAUCAUUGAGUAUCUAGUGUGGUCGGCCGUGGUCAAGAGCAACCUUUCGCAUUUCCGUCACACAGCCAUAGUGAACAUUGCCGUGUUUCUCUUGCUCGCUAACUGCAGUUUCUUGGCCUCCACCUCCCCUGAGAGUCUCGGGGACACCUGGUGCCUGACUUUGACGGUAUGCAAACACCUGUUUUACUUGGCCAUGUUCAGCUGGAUGCUGUGCAUGAGCGUCAUGCUCGUCCACCAGCUCAUCUUCGUCUUCAGCCCGCUGAGGAAAAGAGUCUUCAUGUUCUUCUCCAGCAUCGUAGGCUACAUUUGCCCAAUCUUAAUAGUGGGAUCCAGCUAUGUGUAUUCUAAAUACACCGAGAAGGAAUACUAUAAUAAGAAAACGUGCUGGCUAGUUUAUGAAAGACUCUUGGAGGGUUCCAUUCAUGCUUUCCUCCUCCCCAUAGGAACCGUUAUUUUGACAAAUAUCUUUUCCAUGGUGGUCGUUAUUCUUACUCUAGUGAAGUCCUCGGCCCCUGAGGGCAGCAAAGCAGACGACAAGGAGACAGCCAAGAGCAUCAUCAAAGUGUUGGUCUUUCUAACGCCUGUUUUUGGAGUAACAUGGAUAAUUGGCUUCGCUCUGCUCCUAUUGAAGACUAGCAGUCCCAUGUAUAAAGUUGCCAGCUACAGUUUUACCAUCCUCAAUUCCUUCCAGGGCCUUUUCAUUUUGAUCACUGGGUGUUUUGCAGAGCAGAAGGUUCGAGAGGAAAUGAUAAGGCUCAUAACGGCAAAAUCCAAAGGAAAAAGUGAGAGCAAGACGAAUUUGACAACCACGUACACAAAAGACAAAUGAAGACCGAGAUUGUGGAGACGGAAACAGCGACUCGCAUGUAUGCAGCUCCACUUGUAGCCUAAAACUCUUAGUCUACUUUGUGUUAGAUUAUAGAGACAGUUACAGAUGUAUAGAUGAAUGGCCUAAUAGAAGGUUAAUUGUCAUCUAAAGGUUACUGAAUAGAACACUGCAUGUUUUGAUAAUAUUAAAUGAUUUGAUAGAA